UUAAAACCUGUUACUCACAGACCGGCUUUCGUGGAGAUACACGAGAAACCGUUUUCUAUUAGGACACCACUGUAUCAUUUAUUGUAGUUUAAUUUUUGUUGUUCUCUGGCCAGAGUGAAUCAUGUUGCUGUUCUGUCCGACCUGUGGUAAUGUGUUGAUCGUGGAGGAAGGGCAGAAAUGUUUGCGUUUUGCGUGCAACACCUGCCCUUAUGUUCAUAACGUAACGAGAAAGGUCACCAAUAGGAAAUACCCCAAGCUGAAGGAGGUUGAUGAUGUGCUCGGUGGAGCCGCCGCCUGGGAAAACGUUGAUUCUACCCCAGAAAAAUGCCCCAAGUGCGAACAUCCGCGUGCUUUUUUCAUGCAGAUCCAAACGAGAUCAGCUGAUGAGCCGAUGACAACCUUUUACAAGUGCUGCAACCUCCAAUGCGGGCACCGCUGGAGGGACUAGACCUCCUGCUUUGUCUCCUUGUCUUAGAGUAAUGAAAGAACAGCUUGCAUUGCAUGGGUACCGCUUACUGAAAGCACUGUCUGGUCUGUGUUCUGUGCGCAGCCAAGUUACCAAGGCAAGGAAGCAUUCAAGAUAACUACAACUUGGAAAUGAUUGCGGUGUUGUGCCACCAGUUGCUUUUUCCUAAAGUAAUGGGAGCGUUCUACAUACACCUGAUUGAAUUCUGAGCUCACAAAAGUAGAGAGAAGCAAACCUGGGAUAUUCUGCUCUCCGUUAAGUUAAAAUUAAUUACUUUUGAUCGGAUGAAUAAACAUUUUAAUGUCAAUUUAAAGUAGGGUAGAUAAUCUAACUCUAGACUCAGAAUUUUAGUCAGGUCUAACGAAAGGAAGUAAGGAAAGAAAUCACUAUGUGUCUGAGCUACGUGUGAGUAGAGUUGUGGGCAUAGAAAAUGUCAGGUUAAAAGUCAGUCACUUUAGCUAUUGUGGCGCUAUGAAGAUGUGUUUUUUUUUUUUUUUUUUUUAAACAGUAGGCCUAUAAUGGUACUAAUUCAGAUGUAGUUCAUGUGCUAUGUUUGCAAGGUGAGGUUUUUGUGAGCCCUGUAAUGCAUAUCACACAAGUAGCUUAUUCAUUUGUUAUUACACAAUAUAUAUUUUAAUGAUGCUGUUUGGUAACCUCAGAGGUUAUAGAUCACAUUGUUACUGAUAUUUUAAGUAAUCGCUUGAAAGUGAGUCAUGAUAUUUAAAAUGGUCUCAAUCUGAGUACAUGUAUACUUAUACAAUAUUACACAUCUAAAAUGUGUGUAUUUAAGAUAUGAAAUAAUAAAACAAGGAAUUAA